AUGGCAGCUGCGGACGCCGAGUUCCUUUUGCUGCGUUCAGCACUAAAUGAAAAGGACCUGGAGCUAAUUGAGCUUCGGGAGAAAUAUAUGCAGCUAGUUGUGGGUGUGGCCAACUGCCCAGCUGCGCGAACCGAUGAAGCUCGCGACAACUGGGAAGUUGCAAUGGCUGCCAAAGAUAGAGCUAUCCUGCAGCUGGAGGAGGUUUUGGUGUUAAAGCAGCAGGCAAUUGAUCGAAUGCUUGAAGCCUCAACCCACGCCGCCGAGACUGACCUCCUGCUGCAGGAGAGGACAGCUCAGGUAGCCGCACUUGAGAAGGUUCUGGGUGAUGCAAGGGCUAAGAUCAGCAGCCUGAAAUCCACCAUAGCAGGCCAGAAGCGCCAGCUGGAGACUGCCGGUGAGCAGCUGCAACACCGGUCCCAUGAUGACAUGCGUGUGGAGCAGCUGCGAAUGCAGCUGACUGCGGCUUUCCACGAGGAGCUGCGGGUUGCACAGCAGCGCGGCGACUUGCACGAGGAGCUCGCUCGCAGCCUGUCUGGGGAAGUGCAGCGGCUUAAGGAGCACCUGGCGCAGCGCGAUCAGGAAGUCCGAAGCCUCAACGACCAGCACGCUCGGACAAAGCUGCAGGUGCAACGGCUUCAGCAGGAGCUCAUGCGCCAGCCGGCCGGGUCGUCGGUGAACGCCACACGAGGUUUCAGCACCCUGCACACGGCCGUAUUGGAGCCCUGGCCCGAGGACAGCCGGCCCUCCCAGCUGAGCGAAGAGCUGCUACGGGGCGAGGGCGGCAGGCAGCAGGCAGUGCUGGGAGCCGUGGCGGCGGAGGACUCGGACCUGGAACGCAUGUACGCAGGUACCGGAGCGGACGCAGCCUGCAGCUGCGUCAGGGGCGGGGAGGCUCAGCAAAUGCAACAGCAGCAGCAGCAGCAUCAGCGGGAGUUGCUCGAGCGACAGGCCCAGCUUCAUGAGGCCUCCCUGUCAGCUCUCAAGGUACAGCUCGAGGCCCUGAACCAGCAGCUCACCACUGUGACAGCCAAGCUGCAGAUCCGAGAUGCCCAGGCCAAGAAAUACAAGGAGGCCGUCAAGGUGCUCAAGGCGCAACUUCAUGCGUCAGAGAACGCGCUGACUGACCGGCAAACCAAAAUUGUGGACCUCCACCGGGAGCUCUCCGCAUUGAACCGCAUGCUCAAGGACGCGCCGCCGCCGCCGUCAGCGGAACCGUCGGCGCCGGAGCCCUCCGCCGCCGCUGCCGCCGCCGUCGCCGCCUCCAUGGCCACCGCCGCCGCGAAUGCGGCCGUGGCGGAGGCUACAGCAGAGGAAGCGGCGGCGCGCGCCGCGGCGGAGAUAGCGUCCCUGUCUGCAGACAUAACAUUACUGAAGCAGCAGUUGGCAGAUAAAGAGACGAUGAUCGCGACGUUGCGACGGGAGGUGGCGGACCGUGAGGCGCUAAGACUGGAGGCCGUGGAGCGCGCGAUGGAUGCUGUGCGCAGGGCGGGCGCGGCAGAGGAGGCGGUUGCGAAUGCUGCGGAUCAGCUGCGCGAGGGUCUUGAGAAGGUUGUGGCGCUAGAGGCGCAGCAGCAGGCGGCGGUGAUGGCCGCAGCGGAGGUGGCGCGGCUCAAUGCUCAGCUGAAGGAGGCUUACGAGAAGAUCGCUGCACUGGAGGCACAGCAGCAGGCGGCGGCGGCAGCCACGGCGGCAGCGGCGACGGCGGCGGCGGCGGCGGCCCAGCAGGCCGCAGCGCGAGCGGCUGAGGCGGAGGCCGUUCCCAGGCGGAUAGGGGACGCAGAGGCGCAGACCCGGGAGGCCGAGGCUCGGCUCGCAGAGGCGCUUCGGCAGGCGGAGCAGGCCAAAGCGCGGCAGCAAGAGGCACAGAAGCGGGUGGAGGAUUCCGCACGGCAGCUGGCUAGCCUCGAGGGCCGACUGGACGAGGCCGAGCGCAAGCUGGCAGAUUACCGGCGGAUGGUCGAGCGUGCAGAGCAGCGGGCGGAGAGGGCGGAGCGUGCCGCUCGCGAGGCGGAGAUGCAGAUGGGAGAGGCCGAGAGGCGUGCGAGCCAGGCCGAGUCCUACUCUUCUUCCAUGGAGCGUCGGUUGCGGGACAUGGAGCUAAGGGUUGCGGAAGCGGAGCGGCAUUCCAAAGAGGCGGAGUCACGCAGCAUGGAGCUGGAGGCCCGGCUCAAGGCAACCGAGGCCCGGGCGUUGGAAGCCGAGAAGCGCGGUCUGGACUGCGAGUCACGGCUUGCGGCCAGUGAGCGGCGAGUGCGGGACACGGAAUGCCAGGUCGCGGAGCUGACGCACCGCUGGCGCGACGCGGAGCGACAGAAGCAGGAGGCUGAGAUGCAGGCACGUGCGGCGGAGGCCAGCGCAAAGCAGGCCAAAUCUGACAAAGAAAGCGAGGCCCUGUCCAUUACCCGGGCGUUGGAAGCUAGGCGGAACCAGGAACAGCGCCAACUGCAGGACCUGCAGGCCACGGUCGAACGGAUAACGCGUGCCCGGGACAGCGCUGAUGCACGGGUGCUGGAGCUGGAGACCGCUCUCAGGGCCUCAGAGCGGCUGGUGGCGUCGCUACAGGCGGGCGCUAGUGCCGACUCCAUUCGUGCGGUCUACGAGGAGCGACUACGCGGGCUGGAGGAGGCGCUGAGCAAUCGUGACCGGACGAUGGCACAAUUGCGGGACAGUCUGCUGCAGGCAGACGUGGAGUACAAGAAGAGCUUGCAAGCACUCGUAAUUGAGGUGCAAACCAAGACUGCGGCACUGCUGGAAGCGGAGCGGCGCUUCGCCGAGCUAGAAGCGGUCAUGCAACGAAUGGUAGCUCGAUCAGGGGCGGCAUAGCACAAUGUUCGCUGGGAGCGCGGCCACUGCCUGUGUCGGCACAUGGCUGUCAUUUUCAUGGCUGUCAUUUCAUUACAGGCCGCCUCCUCGCGCUCUUCCCAGUGAGUGCUUGGACUCUACAAAUGCUCUCGUAUGCAAUGAGGCAACACAAUCGGCAUCACAAAUCCAUGGCACAAAGAAUAACGGACAUCUGGUGGACGGGGAGAAAACCUCGCAGUGGGCGCAGAAGACGCGCUAAACACGGCCACCGAUGCCAACAAGUCAAAACGCCGUAUUUUAAGAUACCUGCUACUACUUUGUAAGGUACUACGCGGCGUAACCACCAACCACUCUGCAACGAACGUCGAAGCCACAACGUAUUCAUGUGUUCAAAUUCUGAAUUGGUGCAUCGCAUUGCGGUGGCGCGAAAGGAGGGAUGGCAGCAGCUCGAGAGGCGAGCGCUUUAUUGACUAAGGCGUCACAUGAAGACUUUUCAAUUUGAUGCCUACAACUCGUUGAUUUUUAGCUUUUUCAUAUCGGGCCUCCCCGCCCAUUGGCCCUGGCAAUCUUGCGAAGGAAUACAUUGCCAAGUCUGGCACCAUUCCUGCUGGUGCGUGGCAUAUGCACGCAAUGUGCGUGUGACGAGGAGAGGAGUGCAUAGCACGGAUACGUCAUUUCGCUGUAAGUGCUCAACCUC